ACCUCCUGCGAGUCAGUUCACACCCUUAGACCACCAUGGGUGCUCAACUUGAAUAUGGUUCGCCCUCAGACAGUGAGGUUGAACCGUUUCUGAGCGAGGACUUGGAGGACGCCAUCAAGCUUGAGGACCGCUCCCCGGAUUCUCACCGCUCAGGUGAACCCAUCCGACGAACGCCUGUCCCCAAGGCGAAACUAGCAUCGUUAUGCGGGGUGAGGACCGUCGACCCUAUUGCGUUCACUCAGAUAUUUCCCUAUGUGAACGAAAUGAUGGAGCACCUCCAUGUCACCGACGAUCCUUCAAAAAUUGGGUACUAUAGCGGGCUAGUGGAAAGCGCUUUUGCGAUUUCACAGUUGCUAGCCAUCUACCAAUGGGCCAAGUUGUCAGACAAAGUGGGCCGUAGGCCAGUCGUACUCAUUGGAAUCGCUGGCGUUACCAUCACGACUUUCUUCCUUGGCCUUUCAAACUCGUUUGCAGGCGUGUUCAUCUCCCGAUUUCUUGGUGGUUUUUUCUCUGGAAAUCUCCCAGUCAUCCACUCUGUUCUCGGCGAGAUUACGGACUCAACAAACCAGGCUGUAGCGUAUUCGUUAUAUGGUCUAUGCUAUCCAAUGGGGGAAAUAAUCGGACCCCUAAUAGGUGGUACAUUCUCCAACCCAGUUGAAAAGUUUCCCCAAUGGUUUGAGCGGUGGGAGUUGUUGAAGACUUACCCUUAUUUCCUACCGUCAUUUCUGGCUGCUUUAAUUGCUGCCGGUGGCUUUGUUGGCGGUUACUUCUUCCUAGAGGAGUCAUUACCCAGUAAACGCCGCAACAAGAACGGUGCGCAUACACCGCAACCUUUGGCUUCCGAGAACCCCCAGGUGGAUGCAAGCGUCAGGUACUUGUGGUCCAUACCCAACGUACGAGUAUUAUGUAUCAGCGGAUGGUUGCUGUCUUUCAUUGAUACUGCAUUUAAUGUCAUCUUUGUUCUCUUCUGCUACUCACCAGUGGAGUCUGGUGGGCUUGCAUUUUCAGCAGCCGAAAUCGGUUAUGCCCUUGCAGUCUCAGGCAUAGCCUCCGCGGUUCUUCAGCUCUUCCUGAUGCCCUACCUCCUCCGUCGUUUCGACCACGCUAAACUGUACAACCUGUGUAUGGCUGUCUGGCCUUAUUCGUACGCUCUCCUGCCCGGAGUCAACCUCGUUGCUCGCUCUGGACUUACAGUACUGGAAGAUGGAUCAAGUGUAAUUAAUCCUCAUACAAAAACAAUGGUCUGGCUCGGUAUCGCGGUAAUCCUGAUGCUUGUUAGAAGUGCUGCCUUGGCGUUUGUCGUCGGCAUGAUCCUCGUUAAGGACAGUGCCCCAGACCCGGGAUCCUUAGGUGCAACGAAUGGCCUGGCUCAAUUCUCAAUGUGCCUUGCCCGUGCUUUUGCCCCGGCAUUCGCGAGUUCCCUAUUCGCCCUCUCUGUCGGCUCAAGCAACUUUUUUUUACGAUACCUAUGGGUCGUUGCGAUGGCGGGUAUCUCAUUUUUCAGCACCACGUACUCCCGUCAGAUCGUGGAAGGUAGAAAAACAACCUAAGCGUCCUAGGUCAUCUCGCUGCACAUACCCUCGCACAACCAACCGCAUCAUGCCCGCCGCUUCCGUCUUGUAGAAUAUGUGCAUUAGCACAUUCAUUAUCCAGGACAUUCUGUAAAUGCCAUCUCUAACUCUUGUUUCGAUAUUGUCUCCUUUGUAUGUACGUAGUUGGAACGAUGUAUGACACGUAGUGUAGAAAUCGAGACGGGGAGAUGGAAGAACAACACGGAUAUUCAUGGUCGAUCGGUCUGC